CGGAGUUGCAAGAGAGGGGGGUUUUAAAAAAAAUAAUAAAAUCAAAAAAUUGCAAACUUUAUUUUAAUUCGUUUCGCCCCACCUUAUUUUUUAGUUUCAAGUGAUAAAAAUAAUAAAAUGAACAUUAGUUUGAUACCUGAUACUUCUCACUAAACCUCCCACUUUGGAAGUAAAGUUUGAUGAAACGCACUUAAUUUGCGUGUGAAUUGCGUAGUAAAGUGCCCGAAACUACUUUCUAAAUGUUAACAACAAAGUCCUGAAGAGGUCAACAAAUAAUGUAACACAUCAAAAUGUCUCCGGAGUACACCGAAAUGGUGGCGGCGAUAGCCUUUGGGGUCCUCUCUGCAAUUUUUGUGAGUGCUUUCGUAGUCCUCGUCAUAAUCUGCCGAAGACAACGACUUUACUACAAGUCCACAUAUUUGGACACCCAGAAUGAGUUGCCAGAAGUGAUGCUAAUUGAGCCGGAAAAAGCUGAACUAGAGUUGGGGGAAGUCCAACUAAACCCAAAUCUUGAGCAAAUCCUUGCUGACGAACAAUGGAUUGACGACGCCACUGGCCUAAUCCCUCAUUGCCUCUCCAUUUUAAAAACUUGUAGGUUCUUAACGGAGCGCCUCACAGCGCUGGCCAUGGGCACAACGCAGGCCUCGGGGAGCGGCCUCUCCCUCAUUGUUGAAAGCGCCAAGAGAAUUUCAAGCAGAGUGGACGACAUGGUGCGAAGCAUGUACCCCCCUCUGGACCCCCGACUCCUCGAAGCCCGGGCUGCGGCCCUGUCUUUGGCAGUCAGUCAUCUAGCACUCAUCGCGAAAUACGAGUGUGGACAAAGAGACAAGAGUUUCACUUGGAUUGACAAGUCUUUGGCUGAAAUGGAUGGACACAUGGUGGUUUUACGAGAGGCUGCUAUCACUCAGGAGGCUUCGGGCAAAAUCCAAAAUGUCAUAAACGCAAGUUACAACACCAGUGUUUAGGUACAAGUAUUUUUAAACUUAGUAUUCUUUAUUUCAUAGUUAAAUAAAAGUUUUUUUUUGUAAA